AUGGCCGACGCAACCCGCAGCGGCGAGAAGCUGCCCUUCGCUCUGACCCUGUGCGGCGUCCUCGAGGCCGCGGCCGCGCUGUGGCUGGUACUCUACAGGAAGCCCGGGGGCGUGCUCGCGGACCAUGGGAAGGCCGUCUUCUGCUCCUACUACGUCGUUCUAGCCGCCGCGGUCGUCUUCGGGCUCGCUGAGGCGUUCGUGGGGCUGUGGGUGAGCUGCCGUCCGUGCAACCGGCGGCCGCUCGCCGUUGGGAAGGUCUUCUUGUGGGUCUCCAUUUUUCCUGUCGUCCUCGUCGCUGGCCUCGGUGGGAUGGGCUUUGCCGUCCCGAAGUAG